AUGCGAGCCAUAUGUCUGGUGCUGUCAGCCAUUGUGUCCGGUAGUUCUGGCACCUGCACCAACUCUAACUGGACCAUCAGCUUCGACAAGAGAGGCCACUCUAGCUGCACUGACAGCAACGCUAACAUCCGAGGCCUGUACAGGGAUUCUCGCAAGAGUCCCAACGAAGACCCCAUCUCUAAUUUGGACUUUGUCCGGUGCUGUGAUCCACUAAGACCCUGGUUUCGUUCCCGUGUUAACAUCGUCUACGCCAAUUGGAUGAGUCUCUUGAAUAAUAAAAACAUCUGGGCCAAAUGUCCUAAAGGAUAUUUUCUGCAAGGUUUGUACAGGGAGGAUGGCAAUGGCGUUAGCAACAUUGAAUUCGGGAAGUGUUCAAAACCGGUCGAUCACCCGCUUUACUACGGCGAAUGUUAUGAGCUAGACAUUAAGACAUCCUUCGAUGACCUGGGAUACACUCAAUGCAACGACGGUUACUACAUAACAGGGUUGUUUAAAGCGGAGUGUGACCAACUCAACUGUAUCGACAAGCUCAUGUGCUGUAAGAUGGCGGAGAAACCUCAAGAACUGGAUGAAACAUUCAAAGUCAAGUCUUUAGUGAUGGACAAGACGGUACCGCUGAUAGCUAAUUUAGCUUCAGUCUUAGGUUAUGCCUGGUGUGCCAGCUGUAUCGCUCUUUACGUUGGCCAAGAUUACAGACGCAAUGGGGACACAUGGGUAGCGGAUAAAGCCGGGCGAUGCGAGGGCUACAAGAGCGACCAAAGGCUCAGCAUCACCUAUGGGGACUGGAGCUACGGGAUUAAAGAUAUUAAGUACGGCGACCCGGUCAUCUCUGACCUUGAGCCUGAAACCUACGACUCCGGCACUCUCAUCAACAAUGACGCCAACAAUGCUUUGAAGUCUAUCACCCGCACUGUGACGUCAGUGCGAAGCGUCACGCACACCACAGAAAGCGCUUUUAAAGACAGCCACGAGCUAGGAAUUGAGGUCAAAUACAACCCGCCCCCCAUCGGUGGGAUUAGCGGAUCAUCAGCGUACAAGUUCAACUACGAGAAAUCAACGACAACAAUAGACGAAAAAAAAGUAGAACAGACACAGAGUUUUCUGGUUAAAACUGAUAAAGAACUCCCUCCUUAUAGCUCGGUCAAGUGGCGAAUUUCAAUCUCCAAGACAAAAACCACGAUUCCUUACACGGCGACUGUUAUUGCCAGGUUUAGCGCGGAGCUUGGCGGAUUUCUUCGCUGGGGAGGGAGGGCAGGUAGCCGGGAUACAAACUACCAUGUAGAUUACAAAGGUAAGGACAGCAGACCGACCGUGAACUACAAGUUCGGGGACGCGAAAACGCCGUUUUACACAGCGCUGAAGAGACAGAGCGAAACCAAUUCCAGACCAUGGUUGUGGACAGAGAUGCAGUCAGCUCAAGGGAAUGCUGGGAAUUAUAUCAGGCAAUUAACCAACGAGAGUGAGUACGUGUUCACACUGAAAGGAAAGUUUGAUGACGUCGUGGGCAAGCAUGUUGACGUCACGUGGGAGGGGAUGGAAGCAAAUAGGUCGUCUGGUUAA